AAAAGAGACGACACCACCUCCACUUCCAGCUGCUCCCCCACCCAAACACCCCCCACUUGCAUCGCUCCCCCUCUCCGGCGGUCGCCGGAGCACUAACCCAACGGCCGGCGCCGGCGGCCGCCGCGAUGUACAGCUCCUACUCCGCUGCCACCUUCGCGCUGAGGGCAGCGAAGCCGUCCUUGCACGCCCAUUCCUCCUACUCCUACUCCUACCUCCCCUCCUACCAUUGCCACCGCGACGACGCGGAUGGCCACCACCACCACCACCACCACGAGCUCCUGCCGCCGAGCCCUUUCCUCAAUCCACGCUUCCUGCUCGACGGCUGCCUGCUCCGCCACUCGACCCACCUCUUGCUCCUCUCCGCCCGACUCCAGCCCCCGGCCCCGCCGCCGCAUCCGUAUCCGCCACGCUGCUGCCGCCGGAGAGCGGCCGCCCGUUGCUGCAGCGGUGGAAGCGGGAGGCCGUUGGUUGGACAAGUCUCUUGGCGGGUGGAGGCGCGCGGGUGCCAGUGCUGCCGGCGCGGCGCUGCGAGGUCGGAUCUUGGAGGGGUCUGCCGGCGAUUGGAGGCUCGUGGGUUCUGUUGCGGUGGCUCCGGCGGUGGGAGGUUGCUUGGAGCUAGCUGCGGACGUCGGGAUGCGCGGAGGUUGGUGGGGACGGCGGUGCGCCAAGAGGUGUGGGAGUAUGACGGCGAGUGGCCGCACAGAAGAUGUUCGAUGGAAUGCCAUGAUGAUUGGGAGGAGGAAGAGGACGAGUCUGGUCGUGGUCAAUGGGAAAUUGCUGGUAGGGUGCGUUUAGGUAGGAGUAGAUGGGAAGAUGAUGAUGUUGACGACGACAACCAUGAUCGUUGUAGGGAUUGCCAUCGAAGGAAGGGCAUGAAAAGCAGUUACAAUUGUGAGGAUGGGUACAGUGGACGGCAGAGGGAGAAGAUGGAUGUGAUUGAUGGACAUGGCAAUUUCAGGGAGUCUGACCAAAGAAGGCGGCAGCAGAGUGAGUACCAAGAUGAUGAGGACAAUCUUGACUUGAGGCGGCGAAGGCAGAGAUGGGAAGGGAGGGAUAGGAGGGACUUCGAAGUCGAUGAUGCAGUUCACACGAGGAGAGCUGGAAGUAGAAGGUACCAUGAUGGUGGCAGGGAAUAUGACCGGAGAAGAGAAAGGAGGGAUUUUGACUAUGAUGAUGCGGUUGAUGUCAGUAGAGCUGGCAAGAGCAUUGAUUUUGAUAUUGAUGACGAGGUUGAUGUGAGGAGAGAAGGGAGGCGCCGUAGCAAUGAUGAUCAAAGAUAUGUUAUGCGACACCAGAGGAGAAGUGAAAAUACAGAUGGAGAUGUUUCACUCAUGGAAUCGCGUCGUGGGCAUGACAAAGAGUUCGAUUACGAUGACCAAGACCUUACUGAGCGAAGGUACUACUCUGGGCGGAGGUCUCAGAAGUCUGCAAGAGCAUCUGCAGUGCAAGAGGAUGAUUCAAAAAGGGCUUCAAGUUCAAGGAACACACUUGAUGCAAGACAUGCAAGACUUGAGGAUAAUUCAUCUUCAAGGGUGAGGUGGCAUGAUAAUGUAGAUCGACGAACUGAGCAGACAUCUGAAGAGAGAGAUCGGCAACAUUCAGUUGGUUGGUCGAAUGAUGAGAGAGAUGCGUAUGAUUAUAAUGAUGCACAGUUUGUCAGAGUAAGAGAUGCUAGGACAGGGACACAAGAUGUCAAGGUUAUAACUGAGGAUGAUACCAGGUUUGCUUCCAGUUCAAAGAACACAUCCAUUUUGAAGCACAGUAACAAUGUUGAUCGGCAAGCAGCAGUACAUAACGAUGAAUCAAGGAAGAGCUCACAGAAGAUAAUGGAAAUAUCAGAAGUCAGAGGCAAUAGCAAUGAACAGCAUUCAAGAGCCCAGAAUUAUCACCAGGAAGAUAGAGGAAACUACAUUGAAAAUAGGUCAUCUUCUCUUCAAAGUUCUGUGAAGAUGGUUAGUGACAGUAGAAGACAAGUUGAUCAACGCAGUGAGGUGAAUCAACACAUGGCCUCACUCACUGAAUCGAGGAAAAACUCAGACAAGUUCACAGAUGCAACAACAGACAGUAGUCACCAUGUCACCAGUGCCACUCACUUGCGGAGAAAUUAUGAUGAAGUAAACCAGACGGGUAUUGAUGACAGAUCUACUUCCUUACAUAAUAUAACUCGUGUUACAAGAGAUAAGAAGAGGAUUGUAAACCAGCAAGUGAUACAUGAAACGGAUAUAGAUGUACAGAAUAUUACACAUGCUGAUGUUUCAAAGAUCUGUGCUAGUGAUAUUUCCGUGUCUAGGAGUUCACAAAAUCAUUCGGAAACUAGAUCAGACAUGAACGCGACUUCCAGUAUGAGUUUCAUUGGCAGUGCAAGGGAUCAGGAUGAACAAAUCUACCAAAAUAAGGACUGUGCUAGUGAUAGUGCAAUGGUUAGGGAUCCACAAAGUUAUCCUGAGACUGGAGUGUAUGAUCAGGUUCACUCGACAUCAUCUACAAAUAUUGCUGACAACACGAAGGAGAGUUGUGACCAAGUUGAACUUUCUAAGGCACAUACUAAUAAUACUGUUAUAGCAAGCACUUCAGACAGUCAUCUUCAAACAAGAACAGAUGACCAAUUCUGGUCGACUUCAGCUGUAAAUACAAUCGGCAGUGUAAAAGAACAAAGUGAUCUUGCUAAGAUCCAUGCUAGUGAUGCUAAUGUUGUUAGCAGUUCACAAGGUUUUGACACCACAAAUGGCAAUCAAGUUCGUGGAACAUCAGCUGUAAAUUGGUCAAGGGAGCGCCAAGGCAAGAAUGAUCAGCAAAGUAUACAAGUUUCUAGUACAGAGAGAAAUGAUGAACAAGGAAGCAAAUUUUCUGAAUCCUCUCAGGACUCCAGAGAUAGGCUGGUAAGAUUGGAAGAUACAGAGAGAUUGGUGCAUCAUAACAUGGAUUUGAUCUUGAAGCAGGCAGGCACCAGUGGAAUCUUUGAUGACAAAGAUAUUACUAGUUUGCAGAUGGAGAGAACCGAAGAGGGAUCAUCUAUGGUUAAUGAAGACAUGACACAACAAGCUUCAAUAAUGGGAAGCAAUGAGCAAGAAGUAAGGAGUGAAACUACUGCUGGAAGUAGUAUACCAAGUAGUUCAAGUGCCAGACAGUCUGUCAAGGUAAGCAUGUUAGAAUCAGCUGCUCGAUUAGACAAAUCAUCUACGUUUCAUGUUGGGCAGUUUGUUGAUGAGCUCCAAAAGGGAGUCUCAGAUGCAGAUACUGCUUCAACAAAGAAAAAUGAGAAAUCCAUAGUGGAGGGUAUAACAAGUUCUUCAUCGAGGUCUAGAAUGAAGGGACCAUCAGAUGAGAUGUGGGAUGUCCAAAGUACAACUUCUCAAGAGACCUUCAAGACGGCUGACAAAGAGGAAGGUUCUUCAGCUGACGGAGCUACCAACUCGGCCUCUCAGACACCCACAAAUGAAUCUGCUCUUGCUAGAAAAGUUCACAAGUCACUCUGGGCUUAUGUUGCUGACAUAAUCCGUCUUGGAUGGAUUCAACAUGGUGACUCUCAUGAUUCUAGUAACAAAUCAGUUAAGAAAGGUUCAUCCAGUAAUUCUCAGAGUACGGAGGGUUGGCUUUCUAGUCAGGAACGUGAUAAUGAUGGCAUAAGGAAGAAAAACGGGAAUACCAAAGCACAAGAUCAACAGCUGAUAAAGUCACACAGUGGAGAACAAGAAUCUAGAGUGGUUUCAAUGCCAAAGGAAAAAAACUUGCACACCGGUACACAGGGUUUGCAAAUAUCAGGAGCUGGUAACCUACCUCGAGUAGGUAGAUCUGAGGGAGGCUUGUUGACUACAAGUUAUAAGGAUGAUCCACAUAUAUUGGGUGAGAGAUUAAAACAAUCUGAUGUGGGUGAAUCACCCAAAGGAAAUGGCAUAGACGAUAGCAUGCCAACUUCGUUAGAUGUCACGAAAGGACAUUUACCUGAGCAUAAAGCUGCUACUUCAUCCAGGAUCACAACAAAAGGUUCGGGUGAGAUUAAUACUGGAAAAGGAAUGUUGGCUGACACCUCUUCUGUGACCAUCAGUGCAACAGGACCUGGUCACAAUGGUGAUGAAGCUGACUGGGUAUAUGAUCCUUCAGGUGCUAUAACUCCUUAUCAUCAUCCUCAAAUGCAGGCAGUGAUGCCACAUGAGACUACCUCAGCUGCUAUCCUAGAAUCACCAGCGUUACCUGUGGGUGGUUCUAUGAGGUUUGAAGAAAAGAAUGUUGUACAAGAGGCUCCUGAAGUUAUUAGAACAGAAGGGAAAGACGCCGAAUUGAAGAGGAGAAUGUUUCAGAGAAAUAAGCAGGUAUUGAAGGAGACAUUUGAUGAAUGGGAGGAAGCAUACCAGCGUGAUGCUGACCAGAGAAAGGCUGAUGAGUUAUUCAUGAGGGAAGCUUUACUUGAAGCCCAGAGGGCUGCAGAUAUUUGGGAGGUACCGGUUGGUGCAGUGCUAGUACAGAAUGGAGAAAUUAUUGCUCGUGGUUGUAAUCUAGUUGAAGAUCUCAGGGAUUCAACCGCACAUGCUGAAAUUGUUUGUAUAAGAGAAGCUUCUAACAAACUCAAGACAUGGCGCUUGGCGGAUACAACACUUUAUGUGACUCUGGAACCUUGCGCCAUGUGCGCUGGUGCUAUUCUUCAAGCUAGAAUCGACACUGUGGUUUGGGGUGCCCCAAACAAGCUUCUCGGAGCCGAUGGCAGCUGGGUUAGGCUGUUCCCUGGCGAUGGACAAACAAGCACUUUGGAUUCAUCAAACCAGAGCCAGACAGCUGGGCCUAUCCACCCUUUCCAUCCAAAGAUAACCAUAAGGCGUGGUGUGCUCUCGGUGGAGUGCUCAGAAAUAAUGCAGCAGUUCUUCCAAUUGAGGAGGAAGAAGAAGCAGAAGCCGCAGUCACCGCCUCGUGCACACCACCAAGGGCACCAUCCCAUCAAGUUCUUCAGCAAGAUGCAUAACAUGUUUGGCACGAUCUUGUGUUUGUAGUAGCUUUUCCUUUUUAUUUUUACCCCACUGCAUAUAGACAUGUCGCCUUCAUUUUUGGUCACCCUGUUUUCCUAUCGUGGAAAUCUAAAUAAUGUAAUUUUUUGUGCACUAAGCGUUUUCUGCGGAGAGCUGGAAGGUAUCAGUUUGUAUUGUGAGUUAGGAAACCAGCAUCAGCCGUUGGUAUCUUAAUAUGCUAGUAAGGGUUGUUGGUGGUAUUCCAAUGUCUAGACACCAGGUCUGCACUUGUUGCAUUUUCGAGCUCAACAACUGAAGAAGGAAAAGAAAUGUUGUGUGCAACACAUUUUCAGCUA